GCAUGCCUCUGUCACAUCCGCCGUCGUGCAUGUGUUCCGUGCGGCCAACGAGGGGGUUUUUUUUGAGCCAAACGGGGUUCUGUGGCCUUGAUACCGGGGUCAUCGACAUUCGGCAACCUUCGACUUGCCGCUGUUCUCCGUGGGACUCAUUGUCAAGGACUUAUCGAGAUACAAGGUCUUCCAUCGGCCGUUCAAACCUACAUUCGCAUCCCACAUAGGACCCAUCCGGAGUAAAGAUGACCCGUCUACACGCGCUAGCCUGCCUCCUCCUAGCUUUCAUCUCGGUCGUGUUGGGCCAGGAAACCCCCGUCCUGUCCGUCCGCCAACUGAAUUUCACGGGCACAACGUCCGGACCGUCGCCGCUGUCCUUUCAAGUGAUUUCAACCUCCAAAGAAGGGACUUAUGUUUUGAAAUGGGAGAAUCUAGCCGUAAUCGAUGGCUGUCGCCUGCAUUUAUCGGUAGCCCACCAGUCCAUGGGCACGUUCUUCCAUGCAUGUCCGGAGGAUUUCAAGCAGGAUCGGUAUACGAAUGACAGCGACACUAUGUACAUCUACCCGACGUUGCCAUAUGCUGGGAUUUAUACCAUCAAUGCGAGGUUUACUAUCUUUGUGCCUGCUGCGGCAAAUAUCACGUUGCAGCCUUCGCAGACGACGCUUUAUGUCAAAGUGGAUCAGGGAGAUCAGGCGCCGCCACAGUUGAGCUUGAUUGAUCAGAGGACACUUGGGCAAGCCUUGGGCCCAAAUGACAGCUUCAUCGAGCCGUGGGUGUAUCAGCGUCAAGUCGCAUCCUUACCAGCGCCGGAUCAUAAUCCCGCCCAAUGGCCAACAAACCAAACCUUCCGGGCCGUCUUCGGCACCACCUCCGGUGCAAUCACAACCAACUACUGCAAACUCUUCACAGUCCUCUACUACACAACCAACUCCAGCGCGUUCGACAUCCCAACCAACAACUUCCAAAAAUACCUCGGCCGCGACGCGCACAUCCUGCUUGUCGGAACCAGCGGCUCAACUCGGAAUUCACAGUCCUCGUACGGGUACCGCGUAUCCGAAUCGCAGAAAUGGCAGCCGUUCUGUACCGUCACCCAAGCCCCACCACCGUUCGAACUGACGAGUCCAAAGAUCGGGUUUGGGCUGUACUUUCCGGACCCCGGGACGUACAAUGUGUUUGUGCAGACGAAGAUCAAUGGGUUCUUGGUCACGUCGUCGUUUCCUAUCAAGGUGCAGGAUCCGCUGGAUGUUGCGGCUGGUGCGAGGAAGGGGGUGAGCGAUAGGAAUUUGAUGUGGGGUGUUGUGGCGACGGUUCUAGUAGGUCUUAGUUUCAUUCCGGCGUAGUACUCUUGAUGCAUUUAUAGACCCUAUUGUUAUAAACCGACUUGCAGGAUAUACCCCACCUCCAAUAUACCCCUCUAUCAAACACCUC